UGUUUUUCUAUGUGCAGGAUACCUACGGUUAUAGUGUUCUGAUGAUCUGUGCGCUCUGUACUGAAGCCUUUGACGUUGCUGCUGAUCUGAACAGUUAUUUGAAGCAUCUCCUGGAGUUGCAUCAUGUAGUGAUAGACAAAGUGAACCUGAUCGCUAAUAUCGAAAAGUGAGGGUCGUGUAAUGAUUUUGUUUGACAAUGAUGGGUUCAUUACUUCGAUGAAAAGGUACUCGAACUAUUGGAAGAAGAGAUUCGAGGGACAUGAACUGAAAGAGUUCUGCUCUGUGAUUGAAACGAAGUCGAAGGCUGAUCAAGGCGUCUCUAAUACGUACUUCUUGUUAUGUGAUACCCUGCCGGAGGACGAAAGCUUGCGCAGUGAGCUGCAAGCUGAAAGAAGAGCGAAAGCACUGCAAGACUACGAGGAGGAAAGAGACCGGAAUGUGCUCAAGGAACAUAUGAGGAAGAAAAUGCACCGGAAGUUAAACCCGAAAAACAAGGUUUAUGAUAAGUUUUAUCUUGUUAAUUACCUAGAAUUGGGAAAAAAUUGGGAAGACAUCGCAGCAGAAGCGGACGAAGAAUAUGAAGAGGAUCAAGAUUGGGGUGAUUGGGUUUCAGAUGCUCCGCGCAUGUCGUGUCUAUUCUGUAGUGUUGUCGAACCAUCUGGCGAAGCCUUGUUUAGUCAUAUGAAAGACGCACAUGGGUUUGAUUUUGUGUCUGGAGCCGAAGUAAAAAGACUGGCGUUCCACGAUAAGGUGAAGUUGGUCAACUACUUCCGGAGGUAUUAUUUUCCUACCGUGGAAGAUGAUGACUUGCUCUGGGUGCUAGAAGACAUCAAUGAUGAUGAUUUGUAG